GAGCUCAUUGUGCACAGAAGGCAACAAGUGUUGACAGAAGAAGCCAGAGAUAAAAGCAGAGAAUGUUCUGACAGACCUGUGACCCGAGGCCUAACUGGUCAGUUAGAGGGGUGUGUGAUCAGCUCAGGCUUUACUUUUACCUCCUUCCGCAGCUUUUUGUGGUUUGCACCUGUCAAGCUUGCUGGGAAACAUGUCGUCCCUCUCCAUACCUCCACCAAAACGCCUGGAGAAACCUUUGGUGGUUCCUUAUCGCCACAUGUUUGGACCGGGACCUUCCAACGUCCCUCCGCGGAUUUUGGAGGCCGGGGCCAAUCCUGUCAUUGGACACAUGCAUCCAGAGAUAUUCGAGAUAAUGAGUGACAUCAAAAGUGGGAUCCAGUACUUGUUCCAGACUCAGAACAACAUGACUUUAGCUGUGAGCGGCACUGGCCACACUGCUAUGGAGUGUGCCAUCUUCAACACGGUGGAGCCCGGGGAGAGCGUACUGGCUGCAGUCAACGGGAUAUGGGGAGAGCGAGCAGCAGACAUGGCUGAGAGGAUAGGUGCCAGAGUAAAUACCAUUGUGGCUGCCCCUGGUGGUUGCUUCACUAAUGCUGAAAUUGAGCAGGCCUUAUCAAAACACAGACCAACGCUGUUCUUCCUCGCACAUGGAGAAUCUUCUACAGGAGUCUUGCAUCCUUUAGAUGGCAUUGGACAGCUGUGCCAUAAGUAUAACUGCUUGUUUCUCGUCGACUCUGUGGCGUCAAUUGGAGGGGCCCCUCUGCGCAUGGACCAGCAAGGGAUAGACAUCCUAUACACAGGCUCCCAAAAGGUUUUGAAUGCUCCUCCGGGUACAGCGCCCAUCUCCUUCAGUGAAAGAGCAUGCCAGAAGAUAUUCAACCGCAAGACAAAGCCUGUGUCGUUCUUCUUGGAUUUGAGUUGGCUUGCAAACUACUGGGGAUGUGAUGGCAAGCCGUCAAGGGUAUAUCACCACACGGGUCCAGUCACGGCUUUUUACUCCCUGAGGGAGAGUCUGGCUGUCCUUGUUGAAGAGGGCUUGGAAAAUUCAUGUGAAAGACAUCAAAAAGUGGCAGAGUAUUUCCACGCCGGUUUAGAGAGCAUGGGACUCAAACUCUUUGUCAAAGAAAAAAAAGCUAGGCUCCCCACGGUUACCACUAUUGUUGCCCCUCAUGGUUACGACUGGAAAGAGAUCACAGCCUACAUCAUGAAAACACAUAAUUUAGAGAUUUCCGGAGGGCUCGGACCAUCAGUUGGCUUGGUGCUGCGUGUUGGACUGAUGGGAUGUAACAGCAGCAAACCCAAUGUAGACAUGGUGCUGGCAGCACUGAAGGAUGCUCUGAAACACUGCCACAAGAGCAAAGUGUAACAUGUUACUGUUGGAUGCUGUAAAGAUGAUUAAGGAAGAGACUGUGUAAUAAAUAAACCAUUAUCCUCAGUAGUUGUCUUGUGUGGCUCAAUCACUACUUGAAUGAGAAUAGGGGACUUGUCUGCAAAAUGCCUUAGUACCUUUUGUUGGCGGCAGUCUGUGAUCUCUAUUGUUUUUGUCUUUCAGUCUAAUACAAACUGGCGGUAACAAAUAAUUGGACAUGAUAUUAUUCAAUUACUAAAGUUACAUGGAUAAUAGACAGACCAUAGUCUGCCCUCUUUCCUAUCUAUUUUACAUGGGUUUCCUCAUUGUGGGCGUCUUUCAUCAUUCUUACAGAAAACCAUCUACAUGCAAGUUCUCUGAUUGAUUCAAAUUGUAAAACUUAAAGUGUUCCUAUGCUUAGAUGAAAACAGCAAUGGAACAUUUGGUGAGAGCAUAUUAACGCUCUGAAACUUGGAUAAAGCCUGCUUUUGAGGAGCAACUUUUAAAAUGACUAAACAGCAUGUAACUUUGUUCGCCUUUACUUCUAUCAAGUAAAGGCGGUUAAUUUACCCUUUUUCAGAUUCAGUGUGACAGCUGCUCCCGCUGGUUUCAUAUCCAGUGCCUACAGAUGGACUCAGCCACGUUUGCAAAAGUAAAGAAUACUGGAUGGAUUUGCUGUCUGUGUGAAUAAGUAUUCCACAAAAAGUAUGUGCUAUGUUGAUAUUUUUUUACAUUUGUUCCUUUGCUAAACUUCCAUCUUUGUCUGUGUGUACAAAGGGUUGGUUCUAU